GUACGUAGCUGCGCGACGAGGUGAACGACGCGCUCGGCAUCUUGGCAGGCUCUUCAGAAUAACGCGAAAAACGGUAAAACAACUAAACACUAAACAAUGGCGACACUUCCACCGAGCACAGCGGCCAUCUUCUCAUUGACGUAUUCCGCAAACACAACCAACCAACGUCAGUAUGGAAUUAUGGAGAGCACGGACCGAAAUACCGAUUUUUCCUGUGUCUCUCCGAUCCUCUCAUGUUUCGCUCUCUCGAUUGUCUACGUCGCUAGUCUCUACGUUUGGAAUUCUCCGGAGAACAGGGAACAUCCCAGUACUAUAAAAAAAAGAUUCUUCAGUGUCUUUAUUGUAAAUCUGAUCUCUCCAGUGUUUUUAUACUUUGGCUUAGAUGAAAAAAUAUUUCAGAAGGCGACUGUAUGGGAAUUGCUGGGUCUUAGAUGGCCUGGAUUUAUUCAGGCAAUCAUUUUACCAUUGCUCCUGACGAUGAUUUUAUUCUUGGGACCUUUGAGUGUACAGGGUCUUAAUGGUCUAUGGAAAUUAUAUACCGAACCUAUGUACUGGUUAGGGAGCUUAGGAAGCUUGGCUUGGUGGAGAAAUCAAGUGGUAGCCCCAUUAUCCGAAGAAUGGACAUUUCGAGCAUGCAUGUUACCAUUGCUAUUGCAAUGUUUUACUCCAACAACUGCCAUUUUUAUAUGUCCCCUAUUUUUUGGGGUUGCUCAUCUACAUCAUGUGGUAGAAAGAACGAAAACGGGCAUGGAGUUAAAGCACGUUCUAUUCAUAUCAUGUUUUCAAUUUGCUUAUACAACGUUAUUCGGUGCUUACGCUGCAUUUCUCUUUGCUAAGACCGGGCACUUCGUAGCACCUUUCACAGCGCACUCAUUCUGCAAUCAUAUGGGUUUUCCUGAUUUAUCUGAAGUGGUGGCCUACAAAAAUCCAUUGAAACGAGCUGGGUUGUUCUCUUUAUUUGUAAUAGGUUUAGUGACUUGGUGUUGUUUAUUAACACCAAUGACUAAUCCAGUAUGGUUUAGUAAUAAUUUAUUUUGGCAUAAGCAUUUCCUUUGAAGUUCAUAUUGUUUCUAAAAGGAAGAACAAUACUAAGAGAUUAAAGCGAAUUUUAUAGUAUAAUUAAAUUGAAAAAUUGAGAAUUGAAGGUUGUGCCAGUAACAAUUUGCGACGUAUACCUAUUUCUGUUUUAUUGAAAUGAUUCACAAUAUAGAAUUGAACAGUGCUACUGUUAAAAAAUUUUGGUAUAAAACAAUUUUUAUAUACUUAUUUAAAGAACAGAAAAAUAUUAUAUAUUCUUUCGCGUAAUUCACGUCUCCCAGUUAAUUAUUUAAUAAGGAACAUGAUAAAAUCACCGUAGUGCCUCACAUUGACUAGACUGGUUUUUACAGUCAUGACACUGUAUAGCUUUGAGACUACAAUGUUAGGAAGGAAUUGUAAUGCCAAAUGUUGUUACUUAUAUGACUAAGCGUUGCGCCACAUCUAAACAUUUAAUAACAUAGAAAUUAAUCGUUUCGAUUAUAUUAUUAUCCUGUAAUUGUCGCGAACGUAUUAGUGUUCGCAUUAAAUUGACAUGUGUACAAAUAAAUCAUGUUCUAAAAAGA